AUGACAGAACCUGAAGCCGCUAGUUCAAGAACUCCUGUAGAAAUUUGGGAGGAAAUACUUCGCCAUUGCGUUGGACUCUCGCUCACUGAUCCGGUACAAUCAAGUUUACGAGGAUAUGAACAGCACGUCUUCGCCGAAGAUGGGUCUCGGAUUUACGGUUACAAGAGAAGAGAGCGGCAAAGGGGCAUUCUCCGACUGGUAUCGCGCCGUUGGAAGCUCGUAGCAGAUGAGAUUUGCGAUGACAUUGCCUUCCUCCAUCUCGACGAGGGCAUGAAGCUGCCGAUAGACUAUAAAACUGAAAACGUCAAGCUGAUGCAUUACAUUGCUUGCGAAUCGUCUUCGGCCCUCCUUGCAUGGGACAAGAAAACCGACGCAUCCCCGGUCAUCAUCGGCGAGAACGCAUCCUUCUUCCCCAUUACACAUGUUUACCAUCGUGACAUCGUGAUUCCAAGUCCUCCAUUCGAACAUUCCAUUCUCGCCCUACGCUGGGUGCAUCCGACGCGCAACUCGAGAUGGAUGGAAACACUCCAAAACUCAUGUUUUGGCUCAUUGGUAGCCUUGGAUAUUGCGCCCCUUGACGAAUAUUCGUGGAACUCAUUCCCGGACCUCACCUUGCCACUAUUACGUUUUCUGGGUAUCAACGCCUGUGAAAGCAACGCUCAAUAUCUCGAAAAGUGGCACUUUCAUACACUCCAGUACCUGUCUUUUUCGGAAAAGUACAACUCUUCCAGCGGACCCUUAGGACCAUUUCUUCAGCGUCACUCGAGGACGGUAGAGGAACUCAAGAUUUCAACAGCAUCAUAUGGAGCAGCGAAAGUCGACGCUGAUCUUCUCGCAUCCUGCACCAACGGACUCCCACGUCUGCAAACGUACAUAACAGGCCACCUCGGAUCACUUGGCACCGUUAUUCCUCAUUUGAUCACUGCUGUCACUUCUUCUACAGACGUAAUCUGUCGACCUGAACGCCAUCUUACGAUCCAAAUGAUAGCUGCCGAAGUCCAGUCAGAAGACUGGAAGACGCUCCGGAGAUCUGUGCUGCAACUCGCACAAGCACCCGUCAAGUUUAGAUUAAUGAUUGAGAGUACAUGGGAUGAGAGAAUUGGGGGCCUCCACUUUGACUUUAACAAGUUGAAAGCGCAGCUACGCCUCAUGGCCAUGGUUAGGGAGCUCAAGAUUGAUAUAUUUGACGAAGAAGGCAGCCAUCACACGUCUGAAGACGCGUCUUACUACAAUUCCGAAGCUCGGGAAAUGUAG